AUGUCGCCCAAGGCCACCCGGAAGACCCAGCCCCAGGCAGGUGGCCCCGAGUUCCCGCCCCAAGAGGCCCAGGAGGAGGGUUCUGAGAUGCAGCUGCAGCCGCAGGCAGGUGCCCCCGAGAGCCCAGGCGUGCUGCAGACCCAGGCCAGCCCCUCUGGGAUCCAGGACCUGCCCGAGCCCCAGUGGGAAGAAGCCCCUGAGAUCGAGCCCGAACCCCAGCCAGGGCCCUCCUACAGCUUCCUGCUCCAGCUCCAGCCGGGGACCCCACCCCAGUCCGGUCCCGAGUCCCCCAGUUCCCUGGAGGCCCAGCUCGAGGCCGGCGCCCUGGCCUCCCAGACCCUAGGGCAAAUGGAAGCGGAGGCAGACGCCCCAAAGCCGCCUUUCCAAGUUGGGGACCAGGUGCUUUCCCUGCACGGUGCGCUACUGUACGACGCCAAGUGCCUGCGGGUGGCCGAGGCGGCGUGCGGGGCGGCGGCCGAGGCCCAGGCCGGCUCGCUCACCUACCUGAUACACUACACGGGCUGGAACAAGAACUGGGACGAGUGGGUGCCGGCCAGCCGUGUCUUCGAGUACUCGGAGACCAACCUGCGACGCCAGAGAGAGCUCCUGGCCGCGCACCAGGCGCAGCUGCCGCCCGCCAAGAAGGGGCGCGGGGGACCGCGCGCCAGGAAGACCCCUGGCCUGCAGCAGCGGGGCGGAGGCCGCCCCGGGCCCGCUGCCGAGGCCCUGGGCGCGGGGGAGGGCGGUGGCCCGAGCCAGGCUCCGCAGCCCGGCCCGGCCCCCCGCAGGAAGCGGGUGCGCCCCGAGCCGAGCCCCGAGGGACGGGCAUCCUCCAGGAUCCGGGACGAUGUGAAGGUGGAGAUCCCCGAGCAGCUGAAGCCGUGGCUCGUGGACGACUGGGACCUGGUGACGAAGCAGAAACAGCUCUUCUCCCUGCCGGCCCACAAGAGCGUGGACGCCAUCCUGGAGGAGUACGCGGCGGCCCGCACAGUGCCCGGCACGGAGCAGGAUCAGGCCUUCGCCGUGGUGGAGGUGGUGGCCGGCAUCAAGGAGUACUUCAACGUGAUGCUGGGCACGCAGCUGCUCUACAAGUUCGAGCGGCCGCAGUACGCCGAGGUCCUGGCGGCGCACCCCGGCGCGCCCAUGUCACGCAUCUACGGGGCCCCGCACCUGCUGCGCCUUUUUGUGCGCAUCGGGUCCAUGCUGGCCUACACACCGCUGGAUGAGCGCAGCCUGGCCCUGCUGCUCAGCCACCUGCACGACUUCGUGGGCUACCUGGCAGAGAACUGCGCCGCCCUGUUCCGUGUCAGCGACUACAGCGUCGCCCCUCCCGAGUACCACGAGAGAGCCGAGUGA